AUGAUGGGAAAAAUAAUAAGCGGAAAUAAACGAAUUGAUGACUUUGAUAACAAAUUGACAGAAGUUGGUGUCCAAGCUAUUUUAAGCGAGGACUCCGGAUCUUCUUCAAUGAUUCGAAACAGUGAGAAAGAUCCAAUUAUCCCAUGGAACAGCCCUGAUUUAGCAAGACCUAUUUGCUCAUGGUCAACAUUCCCAACCAAACCAUCUCCUCAACUCGAAGCUCUUGUAAAUUUGUUCGAUUCAGAAAGACCAUAA